GUUUUUUGAAGACUAUAUUAUUUUUUAUAAUUCUAGCAAUGAGAAUGGAGAAAGAGAGAAAGAGGAGAGGUUCAUGUUUGCAGUGUGUUACUCCAGCUCCAGGUUUUCAGCCUGCCUGUGCAUCCGUAGAUGAGUCCCACCGCGUGCGUGUGUGUGUGUGUGUGUGUGUGCGGGCGCGCGCGUGUGUGUGUGUGUAUACACGCUCCGCUCUGCUCUGCUGCAGUGGAGCCUCAGACGCCGAGCCGAUAGCUACUCCUCCACGGAGGGCGCCGCAUCCUCCCGCGUUUUCCUUUUUUUUUUUUUUUUGCUUUCCGUUUCUUUCUCGCUUGCUCUUGGGAAAAAAAGAAUAAAAGGGGGAGGUCCUGGAUGAUAGAGGGAAGAUUGCAGAAAGAGAAAAGGAGCUUUAAAUCAAAAUAGGGAGAGAGAAAGAGAGAAUCCAUCCACACCCAUGUCUAGCAUUGAAACGGAGAAACGCGAACGGACCCACAUGUUACCCCUGCUGAACUCCGCUCACAGGAAGUUGGGGUCAGAGCACAGGGUCAUCCAUGUCUACGUCCCUGGAGCAGAGAGGGUUGAGGGCCUUGCUCAAGGGCCCAGCAGUGGCAGCUUGGUGGUGCUGGGGCUUGAUCCCCAACCUUCUGACCAGCCAUAUUCAUGGUCCCCCAUCCAGUACUUCGAUGAAGACAGCUACCCCUCCCCUCCCAGGAAUAUGAAAGGUCUAUCAGGCGGUCGUCCCCAGCUAAACAUCACGACUGGACACUCCUGUGGCCUGACAGACUGCGACCACUCCCUCGACCACCUGCAGCAUGGUGCUCCCGACUCCCGCUCGUCUUACCUGCUUAGCCCCACGGAGAGUUGCCCCAUUGACCACCACCGCUGCUCGCCGCGGAGCUCCAUCCAUUCGGAUUGCAUGGUGAUGCCUGUCUCCAUGGCCUCUGACCACGUUUCCAGCAGCACAUUUCCCAGGAUGCAUUACAGUUCACACCAUGAGAGUUCGCGGGAGGAUGGCACCACUGGGCACAGCAGCAGCGGUGGUGGUGGUGGUGUUGUUGGAGGGGGUGGAGUAGGAGGAGGUGGUGCAGGUAGUGGUUCCGGUUCUGGGAAGAUGAACCGAAUACCUGCCAACCUCCUGGACCAAUUUGAGAAACAGCUGCCUAUUCACCGAGACGGAUUCCACACGCUGCAAUACCAGCGCACAUCCACGGCUACCACCAGCAGCGAGCAGCGGAAUGAGAGUCCAGGUCGGAUCCGCCACCUGGUGCACUCUGUGCAGAAGCUCUUCACCAAGUCCCACUCGCUGGAAGGCUCCUCCAAGAUGAACGGCACCAAAGGAGACUCACGCUCGGAAAGCGGCCACCACCAUCACGGACACCACCACGGCCACCACAAACACAGUAAGAGGAGCAAGAGCAAAGAGCGCAAAGCUGACUCCAAGCACCGCUCAGGGAUCGCUGGGUGGUGGAGCUCUGAUGAUAACCUAGACAGCGACAGCACCUACCGGACUCCCAGUGUCAUGAGUCGGCACCAUGUGGACCACAUAAGUCACUGCUACCCGGAAUCGGUCCCAGGCCACUUUGGAGAUCUUUCACUUAAGACUUCCAAGAGCAACAAUGACGUGAAGUGCUCAGCUUGCGAGGGCAUGGCCUUGGCUCCAGAGGGCAAGUUCAUGAAGCGGAGCUCUUGGUCCACUUUGACUGUUAGCCAGGCCAAAGAGGCCUACCGCAAGUCCUCGCUCAACCUCGAGAAACCUAUGAUGCCUCAAGACCUCAAGUCCCCAAUGAGGCCUUGUCAUUAUCUCCAGGUCCCUCAGGAUGAGUGGGGCGGAUACCCUGGGGUGAAGGAUGAUGAGAUCCCGUGUCGGCGGAUGAGGAGCAGCAGCUACGUGAAGGCGAUGGGAGACGAAGAGAGCGGCGAUUCGGACGGCAGCCCCAAAAACUCACCGCAGAAGAGCGCUCGGCCCGGCGGCCUCAUCAAGAGCGUGCUGCAGAGGCAGCUAUCAGACCAGAGCUCAUACCGUUUGGAUAAAUCGAGCAGUGACACGAUGAAGUACCUCACCAAUUUCGCUGCAGAUUUAAGUCAGAGCUACCAUCUGCAAGCGUCAAGGGACAUCCACCCCAGCAUCACGCUGGACCCAUCACCCAAUUACAACUCACCCAAAUUUCGCUCAAGGAACCAGAGCUACAUGAGGGCAGUUAGCACGCUGAGCCAAGCCAGCUGUGUCAGCCAAGUGAGCCAGGUGAGCGAGGCUGAGAUGAACGGCCAGUUCGAGUCGGUGUGCGAGUCAGUGUUCAGCGAGGUAGAGUCGCAGGCCAUGGAGGCGCUGGAUUUGCCCGGCUGCUUCCGUACACGCAGCCACAGCUACCUGCGUGCCAUCCAAGCCGGCUACUCACAGGAUGACGAGUGUGUGCCUUCCAUGAGCUCAUCUACCGUCACCUCCACCAUCAGGUCCACGGCUGGAAUCCAGUUCCGCCUUCCAUCAUCAGGCAGUGUGGACAGACCCUCCCAGCAACCGCCAGCAGUCACCUACACCCCUAGUACUCCCACCUAUAAGCGGACGCCGCCUCCAGUGCCCCCCCGCAGUGCCUCCAAACCCCUCAUCUCCAUCACAGCACAAAGCAGCACCGAGUCCACGCAGGACGCCUACCAUGAGGGACGCCUGGCCAGAGGAGGUCUGUGGGGUUCAGAGGGACUCGGGCUCGGUUUGGGUCGCACUCUCUACAACUCCACGGACAGCCUGGACAGCGCCAAGGCCGUCACUAUCGCCAUGGAAGCGGCGGCCAUGGCCAUGGCGGGAAAAAGACACCCGUCCACAGACUCCCACAGCUCGGUGCUGACCUGCGAUAAAGCCAUACUCGUGUCCAAAGCUGAGGAAUAUCUAAAAACGCCCCGGUCAUCUAUAGGCAUACAGGUGGAAGCGGCUACGGAUUCGGAGUCGGAGAGCAGAGGAUUACGGGAAUAUCAUUCUGUAGGGAUCCAGGUGGAAGAUGACAAACGCGUGGGCCGGUUUAAGCGCUCUAACAGCGUGACGGCGGCUGUGCAGGCUGACCUGGAGCUGGAGGGUUUCCCCGCGAUGGAGGAUAAGAGUCUGCAGUUUGGGGGUGGCGGUCUGCAGAGGCACAGUGAGCCGAGCACGCCCACGCAGUACGGCGCAGUGAGAACCGUGCGCACACAGGGCCUGUUCAGUUACCGUGACGAUUACCGCUCAGCCAAUGAGCCGUCCAGCCCGCAGCGCAGCGCCGAGCCCUGGCGCGAGCCCUCCGUGCCCACCGUGCCCACUGUGGCCGUAACGGUGACCCCGCCCCAGGCCUCCGACUCGGGCCGGGCGUCACCGUCUGCCAGGAGGGACGGCACCUGGUUCAUGCAGCUGCUGCACGCCGAGACAAAGAGGAUGGAGGGAUGGUGUAAAGAGAUGGAGGGAGAGGCAGAGGAGAAUGACCUGUCUGAGGAGAUUUUAGGUAAGAUCCGGAGUGCAGUGGGCAGCGCUCAGCUCCUCAUGUCCCAGAAAUUCCAGCAGUUUUAUUGGCUGUGUCAGCAAAAUCUGGACCCAAGUGCCAUGCCGCGGCCCACCUCUCAGGACCUGGCUGGAUUCUGGGAUCUGCUGCAGCUCUCCAUCGACGACGUCACCUCCAAGUUCGACGAGCUGCAGAAGAUCAAGAGCAAUGAUUGGAGGAUUAUAGAAAGUCCUGUAAAGAAGCUCCCGCCCCCUGUACCAAAGAAGAUGCUGAAGAAGAGCGUGACGCGGGAGAAGUCUCUGGAUCUUCCCGACCGUCAGAGACAGGAAGCGCGAAGGCGCCUCAUGGCUGCCAAGAGAGCGGCGUCAUUCCGGCAGAACUCGGCGACGGAGCGAGCAGACAGCAUCGAGAUUUACAUCCCUGAGGCCCAGACGAGACUCUGAGAGACUCUCCACAGCUUCAUCACAGCUCCAUCUUCAUCAUCACCAUCACCAUCAUCACAGUCAACCAGCGAGCCACUAUCGAUACAGAAUAUCCCAACCAGAUAUCCCAUCACUCGAAAAAAUAUCUAGACAUGACAUAAUCAAACAUGAAGAAUAUAAAUUUUUUACGAAUAUUAAGAACGGUGUCUGAGGCUGUCGUGUUAGAUAUGUGAAGAGAAACUUACGUUGUAGUAUCGCAAAAGCAAACUUUUAGGCAUUUAAAUGCUAUCAGCCUUACGACGUAUCACUAAACUAGUGUUAUUUAGUAAGUUACAUAAGUAUCGUUAAACAAACUGACAAAAAAAAAAAAAACAUUUGGCUAUACUGUUCAUGAGAGGUGUGUGAGAAGUGGCUAAAAGCCUUGGUGCUUUUGAGAUUUUUCACAUUAUCGAAGUGCUAUUACUGACACUGCGCUCUGAAACCAGCACGAGGUCACAGCUUUUCUGUUGUUGUUGUUGAUAUGGGGUCGGGGAUCUAAAAUUUUUUUCGAUUUUUUAAAAAUAUUUUCAACACCCCAUUUCUCGUUCUCUCUCUCUCUUUCUCUCUCUCUCAGUUCAGAUUAACAUCUUUCUAACCCUCGUAACAAAUAUAAAAGUGCCAACGAUUCAAAUACCUCAAACAUGCACGAUAGGUCAAAAGGUCAAAAGUUUAAAAUCUAAUAUUAAGUCACUCAGGUAGACAAAAGUCUAUCGUCAAAAAAAUGUAUCGUUCAAAGGCGAACAAUGUCACCAUCUCACCAUCGAGCGCCUGAUUUACCACAGAAAUAUCUCAUUUUUGUAAACUUUCAUAUUCCACUCCAUCAAACUGGUUUAUAUCUCAUUCUAUAGGAAAGCAUUUUUCUUAUUUCUUUUUUUUUUUUUUGGAAGGAUUUGCUUAGAUUUGAAUCGAUGAUGUAUAGGUUGAGAAAAAAAAGCAUUUUUGCACUUUCUUCUUCUAAAUAUACUCAUGUAUGUAUUUCCAAGGGAAAUGUAUUUAUUGCCGUUCACAGAGGUAUUGUUGCAGUUGAAUUGCAAGGUUGUGUACGUACAGGGAGUGAUUUCAAUUUUUUUUUUAAAUUUUUUCACCAUCAUCUCAACACUUUUCCUCAAACAAUAGGUCUCGGGUCCGUGUGCUUUUGGCUUUUUGGUUCUUUUAUAUUUUUGUGUCAGUAAAAAAAAAUCAAACACUUAGUGCUUAUUUGAUUGCGGCUUCAGAAUCGAGGCAGAACCAAAGAAAACUAGCAUGAUGAAAAUCUCCGCAAGAAAUUUCUUCCUUGUGAAUCAAAAAAUGAAAUGGGAAAUGAACUAAAACAGAAAAAGGGAUCCAUUUUACUGAAACCUGUAAUCAUGAUACGUCUAUGACUCUUGCUUUCAGCUAGAUGUGGCCUUGGAACCGGACAAAAUGAUUAUAGACAUGACGAGAAAAGGAUUGUUCUCCACAAAAAAAUAUCGGAGAUUAUGUCGUUUGUGGUGAUACAAAAUCCGUUUCCUCAGAGACUAUUUGGGGAUUUUGCACUGACCAAGGCUUAAAAAUCGACUCUGUGAUGUACAUUUGCCAAGACAUGAUAACCGAUAUAAUGUUCUUCUCGCUCAUCUAUAAUAAUUUUGUAAUACAGUUCCAAAGCUACAUCUAAAUCUAGCUAAAAAGAUUUGAAAAAACACAACUGACCCUUUAUCUCAUUUAGUUCAACAUUUUUUUGAUUUACAAAGCAGAAAACGAAACACUUCUCAAUUUUGUAUGAGAUGACUUUUGACAUGAAAAAAAUGACUUCUUUAUUCGUUUUCCUGCCUGGAUUUUGCAACAACAAUCAAACAACGAUUCAUGAUUUAUUUUUAUUAUUAUUUAUGUUACUGACGCGGAAAUAAAAUGACCAUCUUGAAGUCCGUUUAAUGAUAGUUUUUGCCACCAAAUGAUGCUCAUGGAGUUUAAACCCAGGACUAGGUUUCUCAUUGAAUCCCUCCUUAACCUGUAAUACCUUACAUCAGAAAGCCUCGAGUAAAUAUCCAGACCGUUCUCGCUAGGGUUUUUCUCCUCUUUCACAUGGCCAGGACAGGAUGACUAGUCAUUAGAUGUGCUAUUAUCUUCACAAGAUUGACAAUUUGCUCAAAUAACUUCAAUUCUUUGCUAUUCUGACCAGGAGUGGAACAGAAACCACCAGCCAUAUCAUCCAUAUUUUACGUCUCUGUGGCACACGGUGUGACAAAUUGAACAAACCCUUAUCAAAGAAGCAAUGCGAGGAGAUUUUUUAAAGUUAUCCGUGACCUUUCAGAGGGUGAUUCUGUUAUCUUCAUGGCAGAUGGUGAUGAGACAUGAUGUGUCAUUUGGAUCCUGCAGAAAACAGAGGCGGUGGGGUGUUUUUUUUUGUUUUUUUUUGAGCGGGUGGAACAGAAAUAAACCGUGUUCGGUGCAGAUAGUUCAUUCGGGCUUUGUUGUUGUGCAUGUCCAAGUGACUGGGCGCUAUGAUUAAUCCCGCUAUAAAGCACAUUGUGCGAUCAUGUUGAGAAAUGAUUUCAGAAAUCCACCCACUUACGGUGCUGCUAACUUCAAAACUUCGGUCCAAAUCAAGAAGUUCAGCCUCCUGUUUUUGUUUUUAUGACCUUAUAUGACCUCAUGAGCUUGCGCUGCAUUAUUUCGCUUACAUGUCAGUUUGAGAUCUGUAUUUAUGAAAAAAGAAAGGAUCAGCGGUCACGCCUGAGAGAUCGCCACACAUCCUGUUUCACACAGAAGGAGAGAGGAAGUCUUAACGUGGCAGGCUUGUGUGUAACACACACCUUUCUUAGAUGACAUUUGGCCUGUCUUGUCUUUCCACACACACGCACAGCAAGGCCUGUCACAAGAUUACGAUAAGAUAUGCAGAAACGCUGCUCGCAUGAAAGCCCCGCUUCUGGCAGGCGCUAGCACAUGACAGAUUUUGGGUUCCUUUAUUUUUGACCUUUAGUAGUAAUUUUAGAUCAGGCUGUCACCUCAGACACUGCAGUACAUGUGAUCCUGCCCAGAUUUUACCAAGGCAUCACUAAUGAUAUAGCAAGGUGAAAGAUUUCCACUACUAUACUAAUCAAACAUCUGGCCUGAAAUCCAAACUAAUUAUAUAAGAAAAUAUUUUUUUGUUUUUAAGUGUUUUUAGCACUUCUUGUUCUUGUUUUGUUAGAUACAAGAGUGGACAGCUCUGUUUUAACCACAGAUUUAACAUCAGUGGAAUUACAUUCAAAUAACAGAAUUUAUUUUGGGGUUUUUGUAUUUUUCAGAAUUAGAUUAUUGCUUAGUUGCCUUAUGUCCACAGUAUGUCAGACCUGUCCAGGGUUUCUGGUCCAUGUCCACAGGACCAAACCUGGAACCCAAGACAUCUUGAGCCUCUUCUGCGCUGAAGUAAACCUUAAAUUUACCACCCUCUUCAGCAUGUUAAUUUAUCACCAUGAAAUUAGAACAGUGUGCGAUAACCUGAAACAAUUGGUUUGCGCCCAGACAAAAUAGCAAAACGUCGGCAUUAGGGAAAAGUCUUAAGUUCCUGGACCUUACGUUUCUGCCAUUUGAUUCCUGAGUUAAAAUUGCUGGACUAAAUUUCUUGGACUAUAAUUCCCAGGCAUUAGUUCCUGAGCUAAAUUCCUGGACUGAAAAUAUGGCCUUUUGUUGCAUUGCUAAUGUUCCUGGAUAUAAAUUCCUCUGCUUCCUCUGAUAAAAGGCUAAAGUGGCAGAUUAAUACUGCUAAAGUUCUUGAACUAUAGUUCCCAGGCAUUAAAAAGGCUUAAAUUAUUUGGACUUAAGAUCCUUGACUGAAAAAAUUAUGGUCGUAAGUUACUUUGCUAAAGUUCCUGGACUUAAAUUCCUCUGCUUAAGUUGCUGGAUUAAAGUUCUCUGCUUAUGUCCCUGGCUUUAAGUUAAUGUCUUUCAUUCCUGGGCUAAGGUUUUUGGACUGAAGUUCCAGGAGUAAAGUUGCUGUACUUUAAUUUUCGACCCUAAGGUUCCUGGACUAAAGUGGGGGACUAAAAUUGCUAGAUUGAUUUUCUUGAAGUAUAAUUCCCAUGCACUAUUUCCUGGGCUUAAAUUCUUGGACUUAAUGUCCUGGAUUAAAAAUACUGUCUUAAAUUUGUUUGCUAAAAUUCCUGGACAUAAAUUCCUCUGCUGAAGUUGCUGGAUGAAAGGUCUCUACUUAUGUUCUUGGCUUUAAGUUCCUGUCUUACAUUAUUGGGCUAAAAUCCUUGGGCUUAAGUUCCCAGAAUAAAGUUCCUGGGCCUUAAAUGUCUGUCCUUAGGUUCCUGGUCUGAAGUGGCUGGACUAAAGUUCUUGGACUAUAGUUCCCGGGUAUUGGUUCCUGGCUAAAAACAGGGCUGUAAAUUGCUUUGCUAACAUUCAUGGGCUUAAAUUCUGCUUUUAAAUUUUCUGGAAUAAAGGAUCUGCUUAAAUUCCUGGCCUUAAGUUUUUUGGCUAAAGUUACCAGUCUUAUGUUUGGAGCUACUGUUUUGGACUGAAGUUCCUGGGCUAAAAUCUCUGAGCUUAGGUCUCCAGAAUAAAGUUUCUGGACUAAAGUUCCUGGGCUUAAGUUUCUGCCCUUAGGUUCCUGGAUUAAUGUGUCCACUAAAAUUGCUGGACUAAACUUUUUGGAUUAUAGUUCCCCAGACAUUAGUUCCUGUGCUUAAAUACCUUUACGGAAGUUGCUGGAUUUAAGUUUCUGGGCUAAAAUUGCAGAGCUAAAGCUCCUGGACUAAAAAAAUAUGGUCUUAAGGUAAUGCUUUGCUAAAGUUACACAUCUUAAACUCCUGUGUUAAAAUUUCUGGAUUUAAACUGCUCUGCUUAAGUUCUUGGCCUUAAGUUCCUUGACUAAAGUUUUUGGACUGAAGUUCCAGGGAUAAAUUCCCCUUUACUUUAGUUCCCAGACUAAAGUGCUUGGACUAAACUUGCUGGACUUAGGUUUCUAGGCUAAAGGCCAGGGUACAAAGGUCCUGGGUUUAUUCCUGGGCCUAAAUGUCUGCUUUGCAGAUUUUGGACUAAAGUUCCUGGCCUCCUCAGUGGAAAGACGGCCGUUGUGGUUUACACAAGUUCCUGACAUCAAUAGAUUUAGGAUAAUACUUAAGUUAUUAUUGAUUAUCUUCACUCCUGAUGCCUUACACUGUGUUGCAUUACAGUAUCUGAGGAUGAGAUGGUCACGUUUUGGGAUUAGUGAGAUAUGUUGGGAUGAGUUUUAGAGGAGACAAAAUGCAACACAAAACUAGUCAGUUUCUAAUCAACUUAAUAAUUAUUCACAAAGCAUAUAAUACUUCAGACAUUUUUGUACUUGCCUAUUUAACAUGGAUAAUAUCAGACACAAGAGGGGGUUAGUAUUUACUCUCAUAGUUACUCAUGAAUGUGUUUUUGUGCAACAUUUUAUGCAUUCAAGUUUUGAUUAUUUAAAAAAGUGAAGCUUUUGCAGAUGUGGCCUGUGUAUUGUUGUGGAUAUGUGGGGUGUUUAUUAAUGAAGGUAAGUGUGCAGUGCAUUGUGGGAUUUCUCUCAGGGGUUCCUCACAGACCCCUUAAUUGGUUUCCACCCUCAAAAGCGUACAGUUCUUUCAGUAAGUGCGAGAUGCAGGGUGAAAACACCAGAACUCUUAAUUCCCCGGUUGUUCUCAUGGGCACAGGACAGCAUUUAGGUCUUCUGUUGGAUUUAAGCAAAUAACAAAAAUGCCAAGAAUGUCAUUUCAUCCCUUAUUCUGAAACACAGCCAUGCGCACAACAAACCUAGAUUAUUUGUCACCUAGUUUGUGGUAUUGUGUUUCCCGAACAAUACAUAGAGCCAGAGUAUAAUCCAUAAUCUGGAAAACUGGACAAGUUAGUGUAUUGACUGCUGAUUCUAGAUGUAAAAGGCUCAAGACUAGUUUUAAUCUGUGCCCAGAAAUGGUUUUAUUUGUGGCGGCUAGGAUUGAUUUUUUUCGUAAUGUUUAUUUAAUUAUUUAUUAUUGUUUAUUUCUUUUUAUUCCUAGUUCACUCCUCAGUUUGGGCAACAUUCUGUACAGAGUUUUGUACGUUUUCUCCCCAUCUCCAUGUGGCUUUAAUCCCUUUUUUUUCCUCCCACCUUCCAAAAACAUACGAGUAGGUGGAUUGGCUAAGAUAAAUUGCCCCUAGGUGUGAACCGAGUGUGUGAAUAUGUGUGUGUGUGUGUGUGUGUGUAUAUGUGUGGUGCCCUGCGAUGGACUGGCAUCCGAUUCAGUGUGUAUUCCCGUCUCACACUCAGUAUUCCUGGGAUAGACACCGGAUCCACCACCACCCUGGCCUGGAUAAAGCACUUACCGAAGAUGAAUGAAUGAAACUAUUUAUUUAUUUAUUUAUUUCGAUUGAUUUAAAUAAGACUUCAACACAUAAAAAUCUACAAUCUUAAAUGCUACACACUUCCAGAAUGUUAUACAAUAUUAGAGUUACAGAGUUUUAAGAAUUCUGCACAGUUCAGAAAUAUUGUAAAAGUUAUGAUAAUAGUGUGUUCACGUCAUGCUGGAAUUGCGGUAAAGGCUCCUUUUCACACUUCCAGGUUUUCCCAGAAGUAGCCUUCGCAGAAUAACUUUACUUCCACUACAAUGACAACAAUGCACAGGUUGAAGAGUAACACAAUGUUCACACCAGCAAUGACAAGUUUGUGGGUGUGUUUUUAACGUCGUACUUGCUACGUUGGCAGAUUAGCAAAACAAGCUAACUGUACUAGCUACAUACACUCACCAGAGGCAGCAACAAGCUCUGCUACUUCCUUCCAAGCUUAAUUUUUCUUUCUAAUGUCUCUGUAGAUGUUUAAUGACGUAUGUGACACGAUAAGAUGAAACCAUGGUUAAGUUUUUCUUCCAUUUUUGAGCAUGAAACUGUAAAUGGGAAUUAAUUAGUGUGAAGAAGAGUUAUGAGCAGGAAACUGAUGAAACGUCGGACCACACACUCUAUCGGAUUGAUUUUAUUCCCAUGAAUCACUGGAGCCAGUCUGGAUUUGUCACUUUACUGCAUCAAACCUAAAUCCCAGCAAUAAUUUAUAUUCUUUAUUGAGCGAAGAAUUCCUCAUUGCUGAAUUCUCCAACAAUUCUGGACACAGUUUAAUCUCACAGUUUCUCAAAGUUUAGUCUCAGCAGCAUUUACAAAGAUGAGGUUAAAAAAAAUUCAUUGCAAGCAAAGAUGAUAACAAUAUCUGUGUGUCUGUAAAACUUCCUGGAAAUCAUUUUACCCUGCGUCUUUAUACUUCCUGUCCAUUAUGAGAUGAUGAUGGUUCGAGUCUGCUCAGAGCUGGUGAUCUCUUUGUAGUCAUGAAUUACAAUAACAACAGCAAAAUACAUACAUUAAUGCUCGAGCUAAUCUUAAAAGUUACACUACACUGUGUAACUCUGACAUUACUGUUACUUUUCCUAUUAAAAAUUGUGACAUUCCCCUCUUAACCGUGUGUAACUGUGGAAACUUGUUGACAUUUUUGGGCCGUAUUUGUUUAUAACAUACUGUAAUGUCACAUCAGAGAUUUUAGAAAAUUCAGUUUCUAAUUAUGUAUAGGUUUCUUUGAGAUGUGAGCAUUUUUACAAUUUAAAAAAUUACCGUAAUUCCAUUAAGACAUGAACACACAAUCUUCUCAAUCUUACAGAAAAUAUGUGAGAAAUCUAAUGAGCAGAUUUCAUACAACGAAAAUGGUUUCAAAAGCUACAACUCUGUGUGUCAUGCUAAUUUCUAUUCUUUGUCACUUUUAUUUAUCUAUUUAUUUGAUAAGACAUGAGAUUGUGUUGAGACUGUGCUGAGAGUUUUGCAGCUACAUUUUGCAGGAAUUGUUACAAUAAUUACAAAAUUCUUACCAACUUCUUCCCCAGUACAGUCUUAUCAUUAUCAGAAAUCACCACGUUGCCCGAAAUCAAGCGAUGCUCCGUACCACAAGCCCGCUUUCUUUAAAUUGAAGACUACAGGGUGGAUGUCUUGCUUAGAAGAAUGCGCAGUGAUCGUUAUUAAGCUAUUUCGAUGAUAUCCAUCUUUAUAAUCCCUCUUACUUGAAAUCAUCCACAUGUACCAUGCAUUACUGAAUUUAUAUCCAAAACCCAUCUCAGCUGAAACUGCUGUAUGUUUUAUUCACCUUUCAGUGGAGUCAUAGCUGAGAGAAGUCGCUUGGUUCUCGAAAUGUGAAAAGACAUUUAAAAAGAAAAAAAAAACUAAAUGAAGAUUGAUAUAAUUUAAAAAGCGGUAGUCGUUUAGCUAAGAAUAUUUUCCUUUAUUAUACUGUAUAGGCUAUCAUAUCAAUACGAAGGAGGAAUAUAAUACCAAAUAUUCAUGAUUUGUACAGAAAUAUAUAUAGAUAUAUAUAGAUAUAUAAAUAUAUAAAUGACGCUUCAUUGAAACAGAACUAUUUUCUGCUCUUCCUCAUGGUUUUGUUUCUUUAAUCUUUUGUUGCCUGGGUUGUUUUGAUACACUGUUAUGAUGGCAUGCAAGGUAACUGAUAUUACUGAAUGUCUGAUUUAUUAUUAGCUUCAUUGCUUUUUGUAACCGCAUUGUUGAAUGUCAUAUACGUUGAUUCAUUUGUUGACAUUUUAUUGCACUAAUGGAUUUUAAUCAAUUACUUCAGCCUCUUUCAUUUAUGUUUAAAAUAUGGUUUGGAGACCUUUAUGGUCAGUUUUGAAUCUUUAGGUUAUCUUUUCAAUGAGAUGUUUAUUUAUUGGUCAUCAAAUGUAAAUAUUUCUGCCAUUAAAUUUUUUGGAAGAAACCACUUGUAUAAGCUUUUGAGUAGAAUUUCCUUUGUCUGCUUCUGUUUCAUCACAAACAGGUUUUGUUCACUUAGGACUGAGAAUCGAAUCCAAAAAAGAGUCGAUUCUAAUCAU